GAAGGAAGAAAAUUGUGUAAACCCUAGCAAAGCUCCAGCCGUGCUCCCGAUUCGAACCUCCCCUGAGAGCUCUUCAACACCUUCGUGCCAUAGCCCAGAGGUCUUUCAAGGAACUUUGAUAUUGAAAACUCAGAGAAAAAAAAGGUUCCAUACUCAGGAGUCAGGUGGUGAGGAUUCUGUUCCGAACAGGCUCCGUCCUCUAGUUGACGUGCAAGAUGUUGCUGAGGCUGUAAUAAUGGCGUAUGAAAAAUCCAAGGCUGAAGGUAGAUACAUAUGUGUAGCGCAUGCUAUCAAGACCCGAGAAUUGGCGGAAAAGCUUCGUAGACUAUAUCCUGACUUCACUUACCCGAAGAAUUACAGUGAGACUCAACAUGACAACAAGCUGAACUCCGAGAAGCUGCAGAAGCUGGGAUGGACUUAUUGGCCACUGGAAGAAACUCUCAUAGACUCCAUUGAAAGCUACCGAGAGGCUGGGCUGCUUAAGUAGUUAUGGCUUGUGAUGAAACUCAGAAAAUUCGUUUGCUGUUAUUGUUGAUACUUUGGACUGUACAGGAAAGCUGUUGUCCUUCAUUUCCAUUGAUAAUGAAAUUGUUCCCAGAUGUACUUAUAUUUGGCAAUUUGACUACAAUUUCUGUUUCUUUGUCA